UCAAAUGCUUCACACUUCCAACGUUACAAGUAAGAAAGAAAUGAACUGUGUCUUAUGCGAAAAGAACCAUUUCAUCGCUAACUGCCCGGAUUUUUUGAAUAAAUCUACAGAUGAUAAAUGGAAGUUAGUAACAGAAAAGAAAUUGUGUUUUUCUUGUUUGAAAUUUGGACAUUCUACUAGAAUGUGCCGCAUUAGAAAGUCUUGCAAUAAGAAUGGAUGUAACAGAGUUCAUCAUCCUCAAUUACACAGUGAAUGUCAAGAUAAUAAAUAUACGCCAACGGUUUUAAAUAUGGAAGUAUCCUGUCAUGCUGCGUUGAAAGCAAAUCAAUCCAAGGUGUUGUUUAAAGUAGUUCCAGUAAAAUUAUACAAUAGAGGAGAAGUUGUUUCCACGUAUGCAUUGAUUGAUGAGGGAUCAAGCGUUUGAAGUUGAAGGGACCUAUGCGAAAGUUGAAUCUCCAAUGGUUCGGAGACCACUGUAGUUCUGAAGAAACUGAAAUCGUUAAAUUUAAUAUAUCUGGAGUCCAUAACAAUGCCGAAGUGUUCGAGAUGAGGAAUGUGUGUACUGUAAACAAUCUUUGUCUUCCAAUGCAAACUGUAGACAUGAAUCAGCUUCAUUCCAAAUAUGACAACUUACAAAAUCUUCCUAUUGCCAGCUAUACUGACGCCCGACCAGAGCUAUUAAUAGGAUUGGACUUUUGUCAUUUGGGAUUAUCGAACAGAAAGAUUCAACAAACAUCAAAUGGACCUAUUGUUGCAGAAAGUCCUCUUGGUUGGAUAAUUUAUGGAAGAACAGUUGACAAUGAGAUACAAUCAAGUCCAGGAAGAAUGUUUCAUGUGAGAGGGUAUUUUGACGACAUACAUGCUAUUGUGAAAGAGUAUUUUACCACUGAAAACUUUGGUGUUGAACUAUCAACAACACCAAGAGAGUCUUCUGAAACGGUUCGAGCGCGUCAACUAUUGGAAUCAACAACAAAAAAGGUCAAAGGUCGUUACGAAAGUGGUCUAUUAUGGAAAAACGAUGACAUAGUUUUACCAGAUAGUUACCCAAUGGCAGUCAGUCGAUUGAGAAAUGUUGAAAACAAGAUGAAAAAAGAACCUGUUUACGGUAUGAAGUACAAGGAAACUAUUGUCAGCGACGUGCAGAAAGGAUAUGCUCGUAAAUUGUCAUCUGAAGAGGUUGUUGAAAUUACUCCACGGACUUGGUAUUUACCACAUUUCGGUGUACUGAAUCCAAAUAAGCCUGGAAAAUUCAGACUUGUAUUUGAUGCCGCGGCUAAAGUUGGAGAAACAUCCCUUAAUUCAUCAUUGUUGACAGGUCCAGAUCUAAAUCAGCCACUCCUCACGGUUUUAUCUAAAUUUCGUGAAGGUCAAGUUGGGGUAUGUGCUGACAUCAAGGAGAUGUUUCACCAGGUGAUAAUUCGUGAAGAAGACCAAAACUCUCAACGAUUUUUAUGGAGAAAUGAUAAAACUGGCGAAAUUGAGGUAUAUAAGAUGUUAGUUAUGAUAUUUGGAUCCACAUCUUCACCGACAACAGCUCAAUAUGUCAAAAACUUUCAUGCAACACAGUAUCUAGAAAGUCAUCACGAAGCGGCCAAAGCAAUUAUUGAACGACAUUACGUUGACGAUUACGUUAAUAGCUUUCACACCGAUGAACAGGCAAUAACUGUAUCCAUGAUGGUUAAAAAUAUUGAGAUGGCUGGUGGUUUUGAAUUACGAGGUUUUAUAUCAAAUUCAAGAAAGGUUACUUCGAUCUUGAAUCAGGAACAAGAUGAUCAACUAUAUCAAGUGGAUAUGAACUUGGACAAAUCCCCUACAUGUGAUAAGAUACUGGGCAUGGUAUGGGACACAUCCACUGACGAGUUCAAAUUCGACUUGAAGUUUAAUCGUUUAGAAUCGACAGUGAUCACUUGUGAAAGAAUUCCAACAAAGAGAGAAUUUUUAGCGAUUGUCAUGUCAGUAUAUGAUCCGUUCGUAUUCUUAGCGGAUUUUCUUGUAUACAUGAAGGUACUCUUGCAACCUGUAUGGAGGUCUGGUGUAGAAUGGGAUCAACCAAUUCCUACACAUCUUUACGAGCGAUGGUGUGCAUGGAGUCGAGAAUUAACAAAGGUUAGCCAAUUUCGUAUUACACGUUGUUACUCAAAGGGACUGCCGAUGCCAAAAGCUGUUGAACUUCACAUAUUUGUAGAUGCGAGUGAAGUCGCUUUUUCAGCAGUGUGCUACCUUCGAGUUACUUCGCAAGAUGAAGUUACAGUAUCAUUCGUCAUGGGGAAAACUAAAUGCGCACCUGUCAAAUACCUUUCCAUCCCAAGGCUCGAAUUGCAGGCAGCAAUUCUUGGAGUUAGAAUGUAUAAAACUGUUUUGAGAUCUCACAGUUUUGUUAUUUCAAAAUCGACAUUUUGGAGCGAUUCGAAAACGGUACUUCAUUGGAUCAAGGAUGACAGAAGAAAAUACAAGACAUUCGUUGCUAAUAGAGUGGGUGAAAUUUUGGAUUCAACAGAACCCACUCAAUGGAACUGGGUUUCAACACAUGAAAAUGCUGCUGAUGAUGCGACACGUGACAUUUAUCCACCUCAGUUCUCGGUUUGA